GGUGGAUUUAUGUGGAAAAAAAUCAAAUGGUGUGGUGGAUUUACUAAAACUUUUGUGAUCAAAGGGAUAAGUACUUAUACAUUUUCUGCCACAAUUUUGAACUUCAAUGUACUUAACAUUGUGGGGUAAUGUUUAGAAAAUCAAGAUAUGAAGUGAAUGAAAACAUAUGUUUUUUGACAACUGCAAUGCCAAGAUUCACACGCUGUUGUCGAGUCGCACGUGUAGUCUGAACAUAUUUUUAUAACAGCGUAAGAAACUCAAAACAUUAAAUAUGGCGAAAACUAAAAGAAAGUUAGGAGAGGAGCAGUAUAAUGAUUCUGCGGAUGACUCCAUGAUUGAAAAUGGCACCAGCGGUGAAGAUAAUGAAAGUGAUGAUGGUUCCCCGGAACAGAACGAAGGCAAUAAACCAUCUGAAAAAAAGUUGAAAAAGAUGCAAAAGAACAAGAUGCCACAAGACAAAUCAAAAGUUGCCCCCAACACAAACAACAGUAAUGCUAGCCAAGUAAAGAUAAAAAAACCCACGGGUGAAAAAGUGAAACCACCAACACUUGAGGAGAUUAAUGAGCUGAAGGAAACGCGUAAUCUAUUCCAUUCGAAUCUAUUUAGGUUACAAGUGAAGGAAAUGUUGGCGGAAGUAAAAAUUAAGGACAAGUACACCAACUAUAUCAACAAUUGGCUGGAACGUUUUAAGCAGUUUCUAAACGAACUGCAAAAUCAAUCGGAGAAAGAAGAUAUGAACAAUCAGGAGUGGUUGAAGAAAAGCCAAAUAAAACUUCCUAUUUCGCUACAUAAUUUACAUGUGGAACAACAAAAGGUUUUUCAAUUUCAAUUUAUCAAAUCCAAAGUAUCGCCAUACCUUAUAGGUGCAGCCGCUACUCAGUCAUUACUCGGUCCCAAAUUAAACGUUGAUAUCAGUAUUCUAAUGCCGGAAGAAUGUUUUCAGAAAGAGAAUUAUCUUAAUUUAAUAUAUGACCAAAAACGUGCAUAUUAUUUAACUUACAUUGCAAAUAAAUUAAUUAACAGCCGCGUAUUCGGUAAAAAACUGACAACAGAUAAAUUGAAAUUUAGCUACUAUAAUAACAAUCCACUAAAACCGAUAUUGGAAAUAACGCCCACACCAUUAAUCGAUGACAAAAUGAAAACGAAUAUUGCAAAUAAGCUUAGUCUCCGCCUAUUUAUAGCAGCGGAAGAGAGCGCUUUCAAGUUAAACCGCUUCGUACCAUGGAAUAAUAAUGUCCGCGCAAACAUUUUCGGUGAUGAUACUGAUGAAUCCAUUCCACUGGCUACGCCAAAUUACAAUGCUGGAGUAUUAUUCGAUCUCACUAUGCAGAGAAAUCAACAAUUACUGCAUGGCAUUUUUGAUGAGCGAAAGAAUUUUCAAGAAGGUUUGGUUUUGCUGAAGAUUUGGUUACGGCAACGUGAAUUCGAUGUGGGUUUCAAUGGAUUUUCAUCACAUUUGCUAGCCAUGUUCAUUGCUUACCUUUACAAACAACGUAAAUUACAUAUGCACAUGAGCAGCUACCAGGUGGCACGUACAGUUUGGAACCAAUUAGCGUACAGUGCUUGGGAUGAGGACGGCAAAGGUAUUUCGCUGUCCGAUAGCUCUACAGAUCUACCCAACCAACCUACUUUGGAGCAAUUCCAUACAUACUACGACGUGGUCUUCGUAGAUGUUACUGGCUUUUUUAAUAUCGCCGCAAAUCUAAAUUCAGAGAUUUAUCGUCGUGUGCGUCUAGAAGCUAAAUUGGCGGUGGAUAUGCUGAACGAUAUGAAAAUAAAUAGCUUUCACAUGCUAUUUAUGAAGAAAAUUCCACUCUAUAGCCAGUUCGACAAUAUACUCAAAAUAAACAAAAAAGAUAUUGUUGAGCAAAUCUUAGAAAUCCAUGUCAAACCCGCUGAUAAGUAUAAUUUCGCUGGCUACGCAUAUCCUGUGCUGUUGAAGGUUGUAGUUGGGCUCCUUAGUAAAGGACUCGGUGAACGUGUACGCGCUUUACUACCGAUCGAAAAGUUGGUUGAUGCUUGGAGUUGCACAAAAAACCCGCCUGAUUGCGCGCGUUACUGUCAUCUCGGCAUUGUUCUUAAUCCGGAAAAAGCGUUUGAAGUCUUAGACAAAGGUCCUGAAACAAUCGCUGAAGGUGCUAACGAAUUUCGCAAAUUUUGGGGUGACAAAGCGCAAUUGCGACGCUUUCAGGACGGUAGUAUUACCGAAUCCGUGGUGUGGGCUGCUACUAGCGACAGUCUGUGGAAGCGCCGUUUGGUUGUUCGUUCAAUCGUUACUCAUCUACUACAACAUCAUUUUCAAUUAGAAAAUAAAGAUUUCGAAUAUAUUGCUGGUGAAUUGGAUAUUUCCUACCGUUUAACACCGAUAUUCCGUACGGAUAAAAUGCCCGAAAAUUUUAAAGUAGAGCAGGAUGUCGAUGCAGAGGACACUUCACUCAAUGUAAUACGUUGUUUUGACGAUUUGGCACGCAAGCUACAUGCGCUGAAUGACCUUCCGCUUGAGAUUGUCUCCAUUGCUGGCAUAUCGCCCGUGUUUCGCUACAGUGAACCUGUGCCAAUUCUACCACAAGCGCGCAUGAUUGGCGAGCAAAUGUAUGCUAUGCAAGUGCAACGUGGUGUUAUACAAUUAGGUCAGAGUGGAAAAUGGCCUAGUGAGUUAGGUGCUUUGCGUGCACUAAAAAUGGCAUUUUACAUACAAAUAGCAAAUUUAUUGCGCGAACAAUAUAAUCUAAAAACUAAAGUGACUUACGAUGGCCUUUUAGUACUUAAACAAGGCUAUUGUUUUGGUAUCGAAAUGUCGCAUCCCAAGGAGGUGGCUCUACUGAAGAAGGAGAAAAGUGAACGGGGCUUAACACAGUAUGUCGAUUGUGAGGCCAGCAUUGCCUUAGAGAAACGACAUUAUAUUCUGCCUAAAGUGACGGGUGCGCUACAUGCCUUAUAUCAGUUACAUAACAGUUUUGGUGGCACAGUAAUGAUUGCGAAACGUUGGCUGAGUACACAAUUCCUAGAUGAUGGUCUGUGGCCAGAAGAAUGUACUGAAUUGUUGAUUGCCGCUCAGUUUCUAAGAGCACCUGCACAAAAAAAUCCCACUUCUCCCCAAACAGGUUUCAUAAGGUUUUUGCAAUUGCUGGCGGGCACUGAUUGGCGCAACGAAUUGUUCUUAUUGAACUUUAAUAAUGCAAUGGAUGAAAAUGCUGUAGCUGAUUUGGAGCAUCGCUUUAGCACUGAACGUGAUAUAUUCCCGCCGCUUUGUAUAGCAACCUCGUUCGAUCAAAACCAUAUGGGUAAUUUAUGGACAUCCGCAUGUAAACCGAACAUAAAUGUACUCGCACGUGUUACGCUAUUGGCGCGCCACGCUUUGGAUAUAAUUGAAAGCGCGUUGCUCUCGACUAAACCUUUUAUAAAACCUGGCCAAAUUUUCAUAGCGCCCAAUAACGGUUACGAUUUCGUAAUCCAAUUAAAACCAGAUUUGGUAUCUAACUCAUGGGCGCAUGAAUUCGGUUCAUCAUUUACGGUGCGUACGAGACCAAAUUGGCGUCUGCCAUUAGCAGAUAGCAAUUUUUUACAAAACACGAUGGAAAAGCUUCGGGACGCAUAUUCGGACUUCGCCGCUUUUUUUUACAACCCCCAUGGUGGCAAGGAAAUAGCAUUAAUCUGGAAGCCUGACAUAUCUAAGGAGAGAGAUUUCAAAGUGAACGAAAUGAAUGGCUGUGCAUUAAGCACUGAAAAUAGUGGAAAAGUUUUUGUUAAAAAGGAAAUCUUAAUGGAAGAUUUGAAAUUUAUACUAAAAGAUAUGUAUCUAAGGAUCGGUACAGUAGACGAAGUGCUGACUGCUUCGCGUACUACACUGCCUACUAUUAGUAAGAAAACUAGCACAACUAUCAUUGAGCAUUUUCAAUACAAAACGGGAGAGAAACGCUACUUUACCAAUUCCGAGGUGGAGGUGUCAGAAGUAGUGACCAAAAAGGUGAAAAAACAAUCAAAAGACCUGAAGAUGAAUACUAUGAAAAAUUUUUCGAAAAAUAAGUCAGCGAAAAGUUUAAAAGUAAACGGGUUGGCGACAAAGUCAAAGAAUAUUAACAAAAAAGGAAAGACAAAAAAAUUAAAAAUAAAAAAAUCGGUAAUUUCCGAUGUCGCGACAAGCAAAAAACAAUAAAAUUUAAUUUUAGUUAAAUAUUGUCCAAAAACUAUAAACAUAGUUAAAAUAAAAUUUCUA